AUGGCUACCCCUAGUGUCCUAGCUUUUGACGCUGAGGGUCGCGCCAUUGAUUUUGAGGUCUGUUUAGACGACCUGCAGCUGUUCUUACAGUGCGACAGGGCUGACGACCUUUCUCUCUUUGAUCUCACCUCUGGCGCCUCUCCUGCUAGUGCUACUGAUGCUGAUCCCGCUGUCCGCUCUAAGUGGGCCACCCGCGAUGAUGCUGCACGUCUUGCUGUGCGUCGCCACCUCCCUACCUCUGAGCGUGCGCACUUUAGUCAGUACAAGAGUGCUCAGACCUUGUACGACGCUGUAGUUGCGCGCUACUCCUCCCCUGCCACUGCUGCACUGAGCCGUCUCAUGCUUCCCUACCUCUUUCCUGACCUCUCUGCCUUUCCCACUGUUGCUGACCUCAUUACGCACCUCCGCACUAGUGACACUCGCUACCGCGCCGCCCUUCCUGCUGAGUUCUGCGCUAAGAACCCCCCCCCCAUGUACAUCUCUCUCUACUACGUAGUCGCGCGCCUCCCUGACUCCCUUCGCGUCGUCGGGGACCACUUUCUCGCAGUCUGUCCCACCACCCUCACCGUCGACCUCCUCGAGAAGGCCCUCCUUGCAGCGGAGAAGAGCAUAGUCGCUGUAGGUGCUUCUCGUGGUUACCCUCGCACCCCCAUCUUUGAGGGGUGCUCUCCUUCCCCCUUGCUGCCCUCUGUUGCCUCUGCUGCUGCUGCCGACCUGCUUGGUCUUGAGUCGGUCGGCGUGGCGUCUGCCCCUAGUGGGAGACGUCGCUCCAGCAAGGGCAAGGGGGGCAAGGGCGCGGGUGGAGCUGGAGGGGGCGGUGGCGGUGGCGGCGGUGGCGGCGGAGGGAGUGGGGGUGGCGGCGGGACUAGUGGCGGGGGUGGUGGUGGUGGUGGCAGCAGUGGCGGAGACGGUGGUGGUGGUGCCAGCGGUGGUGGUGGUGGCAGCAGCGGAGGUGGAGGCGGCGGAGGUGGAGGCGGUGGAGGCGGCAGCGGAGGAGGCGGUGGUGGUGGAGGAGGUGGAGCUGGUCGGGGUGGUACCCAGCAGCGUAGCGGCGGUGGUGGUGGCCAGCGCUCGCAGCGGCAGCAGCAGCAGCGCUCGCGGGACAUCCCUCUGCCUCAGCAGCUUCGUGAGUGGUACGCUGGGCGUCAGAGGGGUGGGGGUACUGGUCCCUGCACCUACGUGCUUCGUUCUGGCGACCGCGCGGGUGAGCAGUGUGGGGGUGCCCACGCCACCCAGCGCUGCUUUGGCCGCCUGACGGACGCUUGGCGUCAGCAGUUCCCUGGGGCUAGUGAGAUCCCUCGCUGGGAUGAGCUUCUUAGGGCUGGUGUAGCGAUCUUUGAUCUUGAUUUUGAUGCUAUCCUUGCUGCUAUGUAUGCUGUGACUUAUAGUGAGGAGAAUGAGGGUUACCGGUGUUUCCAGCCCGACCCGGGCAUUGGUACUGCUGCGCUAGGUGCUUGUAAGGCUGCUGCUCUAGGUGCCAGUGCGUCUGCGCUCUCAGGUACUGGUGAGACUGCGCUCUCAGGUACUGCGUCGUCCUCGUCCUCCCUCACUUUCACACUUGACUCCGGGGCUUCUCGCUCCUUCUUUCGAGACCGCACUACCCUUACGCCGCUCGGCCGGCCGGUUGCAGUCUCCCUUGCUGACCCCUCUGGGGGUCCUGUCCUGUCUCACUUCUCCACUGUCCUCCCGUGUCCGGCUGCCCCUUCGGGCACCCUGUCUGGUCUGUACCUUCCCUCGUUCUCUACGAACUUGGUGAGUGGAGCGGACCUGCAGGAUGUGGGGGUUCACCAGUUCACUCCUGCGAGUCAGCGGGUGACCCACUGCACGGAGGCACGCACAGGCCGACACCUGGCCACGUUCUCGCGUCGGCCGGGGUCGAGUCUCUACACCCUGACCGUUGAGUCUCCUUCUCUCCCUGCGUCUGGUCAGGUGGCUGCGUCAGGUCAGGUGCUUGCUGCUGCGUCCCGGUCAGGACCUUCCUGUGUCCCCUGUGUCGAGGGUCGCCUCCGGGCUACUCCUCACUCCUCCCACUUCCCCCGGACAGAGGCUCCCCUGCAGACGCUUCACAUGGAUGUGUGGGGCCCAGCCCCCGUCCGUGGGCAGGGUUACGAGCGCUACUUCCUGUUGGUGGUUGACGACUACUCGCGUUACACCACAGUCCUCCCCUUGCGCAGCAAGGGUGCGGUCACUGAGGUGCUGAUCGACUGGAUCCUGGGGGUUUAG